AUGUCCCAAGGCUAUUGUGAGGGUGGUGAGGAUGGGGACCGCCGCCCUGGGAAUGUUACUAAUGUACCAGGGAAUCAAUUGUUGGACUGGUCGGAUGCAGUUCUGGGGGCAGACCAAGCACGGGCUGCAUCAGUGGCCCUCAUGUUGAGUGGUGCGAUGCAUCUGUGCACGCUCGAUUUUCAGAUAGUGGUAGAGAUUCCCGUUGUAGCUGAGAUGGAAUUUGUGUUGAGAAGCCUAGCUCUGUCCCACGGAUCUUUCAACAGAUACGCCCGACACCUCCCCCGCAAGACUUCAGCGCUCGCUAUCCUUGUUCCCGUUCGCCACAUGAGCACUGAGCAUCAUAACCAGAACCAACCGCAUUCUGGCCCGCCGCCUGGGUUCAAUGUCGAUGCGGCUAAAAAGCCUCUCGCUCAAGAGGCCUCAUCCGUCCCCAAGAAGGAUCAGAACUCUUCUGAACAGAAGAAUGCACCGAGCAACAGCGCUGCAAGCUCAUCCGAGAUUCCAUCGAAGGAGGUUGAGCUCGAUGCCGAGGGCGGAGCUGGUACCUCUGUGAAGCAGGGUGUCGCGGUUGACGCUAAAGACUCCAAGGAGCAGAAGUUGACGCACAGCUUGAAGGAAUCUGGCCUCCCUGUGACUCCGGCAACCAUCCAGCGGGAGGAGAUUACGACAUUCUUCCGGAAGCUUCGGUCUUCGACAGAGACACCUACUCACGAAGAUAUUAUCAAGGCGUGCAAGAUUUUCAAGGAUGACUUGACGCUGGAUAACCUUUCCAGGCCUCAGUUGGUCUCGAUUUGCCGGUAUAUGAACCUGAACAACUUCGGUACGGACAACAUGCUCCGUUACCAGAUUCGCCACCGUAUGCGACAAAUCAAGAGAGACGACAGGCAGAUCAGCUACGAAGGUGUCGCGUCACUCACUUCUGGAGAGCUGCAGAUGGCUUGCGCCAGCCGAGGCAUCCGCACCCAGAGCGUCUCGCCCGCGAGGAUGCGCGAGUACUUGCAGCAGUGGCUCGACCUUCGUCUCAAGGAGGCAGUACCCUCGACUCUGCUUGUGCUCAGCAACGCAUACAUGUACGGCCAAGGAGCCGGUGGAGCGACGAGUCAGAUCGAUGCUCUCGUUGGCGUGCUUUCCUCCAUUCCGGAUGAGCUUCUCCACGAAAUUGCCCUCGAGAUUGAGACAUCUCAGGGCGCUGCCACCAACAAGCAGCGUCUGGAGGUCCUCAAGGAGCAGCAGGAACUGAUCGAGGAGGAGAACGAGCAGAACGAGGAGAAUGCCAGCACUGGUCUGGCCACGCCUCGUGACAUCGAGGACAUUGACGAGAAGGAGGAUGCGAUCGCCAUGGAGGCCAAGUCAGUCAGCCCUGAACAGGUGAAAGAGGCCGCCGAGGCAGAGCAGGAGAUGCUUGACGCUAGGCGAUCGCAAGAGGUGACAUCCAAGAAGAACGAGUGA